CCGGGCGGCCGGCGCCCGGGCUGCGCUUUCUGAAUGGCAUCAGUCAUCGGAGAGGCGCAUCUGUUUGCAGAGAAGCUUUGGGGGGGGGGAAGCAGCGGCUCAAGAUGGCUGCCCUGCACCUGGCAGUGAAUUUUACCGCCUCGACAAUUCAGUAUCCACUCUGCGGUUUCCAGAGGAACCAUGAAGCUGUCCUUGGCUCUGCGCCUGGCGUGCGCGUCUGCGUUCCUGCUGUGUUGCCGGGCCACGCCCUUCCCCUUCAACAUGUCCGCCGAGGGCAGCGGGGACGGGGAGCCUGAGAUCCUGGUCCCCACGUCCUACACCACCCGCGGCCCCUCGCCCGCCCCCCUGUCCCCCACCCCCCGGGUCACCACCGCCGUGCGCAUCAAGAACUUCAUCCUCAACGAGGUGGUGGACUUCCUCAGGGAGAACCUGCUCCUCAUCCUUGUGGUGUCCGCCCUGCUCAUCGUCAUCAUCUUCAUCGUCUGCUGCGCCUCCGUCAUGAGCCACAAGCGCAAGCUCAAGGCCUACUACCCCUCGUCCUUCCCUGCCAAGAAGUACGUGGACCAGAAGGACAAGAAGGGGGGCGCCAGGACCUUCGACGAAGUCCCGGAGAAGGCCCGCGACAGCCAGAAGACGGAGCCGUUGGACUCCAACAGGCAGUUCCAGACUGACAUCAGCGCUCAGAACAGGAACCUGCGGACGCCCUCCAAGGCGCUCGUGGGCGAGAAAGGUAAGGACCCCAAGCAGAAGGUUUCCGAGACGCAGAAGGUCGAGCAGGACAGGCCCAAGGUAGAGGAGCCUGUUGCCAAGCCGAAGGAAGAGGAGGAAGAGAGCAAGGAACCCAAACCAAACCCCAGUCCCAGCCAGCCCCUGGUUUGCCUGUGUCACCUGAGGAACACCAGCCCCCCCAAGCAGGACACAGACAAGGACAAGUGAAGCGCCUGGCCAAACAGGAAGUGAGGUCGGCACUGACAGGGAUUCAGGAAGUUGUUGUUCCUGCUGUUGUAAACCAUACGGGAAACAGGCGGCUGCCUUUUAAACAGAGCUGGCACGCUUCCUUAAAGCUCGCAGUGGAAGAGUUUUGUCAAACUUUGUACCUUAUCAUAAUAAUAUAAUUACCGAGAAAGUUUUAAAAACAUGAACCAAAAAAGGUACUACUAAAAAAAACUACAGUGUUAUUCCUUUUUAUUUUAAUCUUGUUUCAUAUCUUCUUCCCUCUUGUGUACAUUUUUCUUUGAUAGCAAACAAUAUUUCCACAGAAAACAUAGUAUGAUGUGUGCAAGUUCUUUUGGUAAAAAGAUUGUCUGCUUUCUUAGCAUGGUUGAGACACCAUGACACAGGUGACAAGUAAAAAUAAUUUAGAGGUUGAAGCUGUGUAAAAAAAGUAGGAUUUAUGUUACUGUAAAUGUUUGCUGUAGAGUUUUGGCGAUGACAAUCCAAAUUGAUAUCACCAAAGAGUAUCUUUUCACUCUCUGCUGAAGUUCAAUCUUUGCUGAAGUUAACAGCUGUAGAAUGAUACUGUAGAAGGAUUCUGGGUUUCAUUGUAUUUCUGUAUGUAGCAAAAUGUCUUCAAAACAUGAACUCAGGUGGGGCAGAUGGCUGGAGGUCUUGCAGACCAGACACUUCACAAGGAGAUCAAUGCCCAACACUUUGAUUAUGUUUAUUCUUUUUUUAACAUAAUUUGUUAUUUCUUUAACAGCAUUAUAUCUUAUUUUGAGCAAUUUAAUUGUCUUGUGUAUUUAAUUCAGUGUGUUUGAUUAGACAUUGUUUGAUGUGCUAUGUUUUGUCGUCAGAACCCGUUCUUUUCCUAACACAGACACAGUACCACACAGCCUUCUACUUUUCAAAUAUUUUCACUUGUGUGACUAAUUUUCACUGUGAUGUUCAUGUUACUUUAUGAUGAAACUAUAGGAUGCAUAUUCAGAAGACAUGCAGGGAAAGCCAUCUUUUUUUAUAUACAGUCUGUGUUUCAUGUUCACAUAUUUAAGUAUCACCAUUAAUACUUCUUUAAUUUUGCCUUUUUUAUGUUUGAAAUUUAAAUAAACUUUUGUUUUCUUA